UGAGGUUGAAGUUUUUCCUACGAAAAUUUGAAGCAAAAAAUCUUGCCAGCAGUUGCAACUCGCAAGCAAAUUCUCAGUUGUGACAGCGAUUGCCGAUUGAAUUGAAAUCUCCGAGGCCAUCGGAAAAAUUCUCUCUCCCGUUUGGAUGGCUCGCUUGUCUUCAAACCCCAUUAGUCUCCAUAGAUUCCGACCAUGCCUGCAAAUCCCUCAACCUCCGCAAAUAAUCGGAAAUCCUCGCUACCCUCACCGCAAGACUCGCAGAUUUCAGACCCUUGCUUGCCAAACAACUCCUAACCUGGACGAGACCUCCACAACGGAAAGAUCGGUUAAUGAGGCUACUUCCGUCAAUGGUCAAACAAGCAAGGUUUCACGCGCCCCUCUUGGUUCUUCUGGCCUUCCUGAAUUCCCAAGCAAAGACAUCAAUAAGAAAAUUGCAGCUGUUUCUGCUUUAGCUGCUGUGGGACUUUUCUUAUCUACAAGAUUGGAUUUUGGUGUUUCUUUGAAGGAUCUCUCUGCUGUUGCAUUACCUUAUGAAGAGGCUCUUUCAAAUGGGAAGCCCACUGUGGUGGAAUUUUAUGCAGAUUGGUGUGAAGUAUGUAGGGAGUUAGCUCCCGACGUGUACAAAGUAGAGCAGCAGCAGUACAAGGAUCGAGUGAAUUUUGUUAUGUUGAAUGUGGAUAAUACUAAGUGGGAGCAAGAGCUGGACGAGUUUGGUGUUGAGGGUAUUCCACACUUCGCAUUUCUUGAUAAAGAUGGGAAUGAGGAGGGCAAUGUAGUGGGCAGGUUUCCAAGACAGUUGAUGCUUGAGAACGUGGAUGCCCUUGCCCGUGGAGAAGCAUCGGUGCCUCAUGCUCGUGUUAUAGGACAAUAUUCAAGUGCUGAAUCAAGGAAGGUGCACCAAGUUGUUGAUCCCAGAAGUCAUGGUUAGACAACAAAGGUAUCAUCUCUUCAGAACAACUCCUUCCAUUUGCCAGUGAGAAACAAUUGAAGAGGCAGCUCGUUGCUCUUGUGUACUCUUUUCCAAUAUGAAUUUGUUGUCAUUUUGAAAACAAUGUGCAAGUCUAAUAUUUAAAUUCAAAAAGUAGAUUAUCAUAGCUCAAAUGUCUAUAUUAAUGCAAUUUCAGGAUAGGUAAAGUUGCACUUGGGUGUUUAAGAGUCUUUUCAUCCCUAAAUUAUUUGUGUGAGCAUGUUA